AUGAAGGUCGAUGCUCCUGGUUGCCCGGCUGGGGCCGACAAUCGAUUCGGCCCCCGCAUAGACACUGCCUGCAGAUCUUUCGACUUCACCCUGCUGUUUGAAGAUGCUAUCUACACUGCGCUCCCGGCGAGUCUGUUCCUUCUCCUCAUACCGUUUCAGCUUUGGCGGCUGUCGAAAAUCAACGGAAAAAUCAAGUCCUAUACCCUGACAAUUUGGAAACUCUCACUUCUGAUCAUCCUGUUUUGUUCGCAUUUGGCUUUCCUUGUACUGCUCUCGCAAACACCUGAACUCCUCACAUCGCUGAGUCUCGCCUCCGGAGUGCUCGCGACGGCGGCGGUGGUUGCCGCUGGCGUGCUAUCGUUCCUUGAGGACCAACGCUCUAUCCGCCCGUCAGACAUUCUCGUUCUAUAUUUCUCUGCAUGCACACUGCUCACGAUCCCUCGGCUACGAACCCUAUGGCUGAUGCCGCACUACAACGCUCUCAAGACAAUCCUCACCAUCGACUUGAUCGCCACAACAGCGGUGGUAGUAGCAGAGUCGAGCCAAAAGAUGAAAUUCUUACGCCAACCCUACGAAGAGCUACCGACAGAGGAGACUAUCAGUUUCUGGAGCCGAGGUCUUUUCCCAUUUCUUAUUUCCACAUCGGUGUCAAAUUUGCAGGCCCAGGAAACCGACAACCGCUCUCACUACGGCCGCGCCCUUGUUGGCGCCUUUCUCUUGACUUACACGGGCAUGGCGGUAUCGCGAGCGCUCUAUCAGAGGCAGACGUAUCGUAUGACCGCCAAAAUACGUGCGGGUCUCAUUUCCAAAAUUUAUCAAGAUACAACUACUCUUCGACACGCUGACGUUAAAGACUCAGCAGCUGUCACAUUAAUGGGUACUGAUGUCGAGAGAAUACAUGAGUCGUCGGCUCAGAUUCACGAGAUUUGGGCUUCGAGCAUUGAAAUCGUAAUUGCGGUGUGGCUUUUGGUGCGUCAAGUCUCUUACGCGGCGCUGCUGCCCUCGGUCAUCUGUCUCAUAUCCAUUGGCGGAGCGUCUCAAAUCGGUAAUCAUUUUGGACCUGCUAUGAUUGCGUGGAUUGAGCGUGUGCAGAAAAGGGUUGCCGUUACCGCAAGCUUUUUAAACGACAUCAAAGCUGUGAAGAUGCUUGGGCUAUCUGAUACCUUGUAUGGAAUUACCAUCAAGUUGAGAGAAGAUGAGCUUCAUGCCUCUGGCAAGUUUCGUCGGUUGCUCGUUCUACAAAUCCUCACUGGGAACAUUCCCACUCUUCUAGCACCGUUUGCUACCUUUGUUAUAUAUGCCAUCAUUGCAAAAGUAAGAAAGGACGAAACGCUGCUCGCAGCUCAAGCUUUUACGGCGCUCUCCCUCAUCAAUCUUAUCACCCAGCCUCUUAUCCUUCUUUGUGAGGCAUGGCCUCGUAUGAUGCAAGCUGCUGCUUGUUUCCAACGCAUCGAAGACUAUUGCGCAAAAGUCAAGCCACAGGCUGGCGGCUCUUGCUCUCGGGAAACCACAGAUCAUGGGGUAGAGAUGGAAGUCAAGGAUAUGCGGACCAACUCUACUGACGCUCUUGUGUCGUUCCGAGGCGCUCAUAUCUCAUGGGGAGGGCUUGAAGAGAACAAUGUCUUGCAUGACGUAAAUCUUCAGAUACUUCCUGGAUUUACUGCUGUCAUUGGAGCUGUUGCAGCCGCAAAGCUGCCUCUGGGAGAUGAAUUUCGUUGCGGCAGUAAAGGUAGCGCUCUGAGCGGUGGCCAGCGUCAAAGAGUGACGCUUGCCCGCGCUGUCUAUUGCAAGCUUCCCGUCGUCGUUUUGGAUGAUGUCAUGAGCGGUUUCGAUCCGCAGACGUUUGGAAAUAUACUCGAAAGUCUUUUUAGCGAGACUGGUUACUUCCGAAAGGCAGGGAUAUCUGUUAUUCUUGCUACACAUAACCAGCGUAUUCUUCCCUACAUGAACUCAGUCAUCGUGCUCGAUAACGGCCGUGUCACUGACGCUGACUCUUACGAGCACGUCAGGCUUUGCUCUGCAGUACUUGCGGAUACAGUGACGGUCGAUCAAGGCUGUGCGCCCAUUGAGGAGGAUGGGCGAGGGGCUAACGGGACCACUCCAUCCAUCAAUGAGGACCAAGAGACAGCGCUGGAGCAAGAUUCUUUGCGUAGAAGAACGGGGAGCUGGUCUGUGUAUUCCUAUUAUUGCCGAAGUGCUGGUGUCGCAUCUGUGAUCCUUUGGGCCAUAUUUACAUUUGUCGGGGCUGUUACGGGGAGUUAUACAGCCAUAUGGAUCCAGCAGUGGACAGAAGCAAACGAAAAGCACCCAAAUGAGAAAACAGGCCUAUAUCUCGGGAUAUAUGGUAUACUAGUAGUACUGUCUAUCAUCGGUACAGCGGGGGAAUGCUGGAUUUUCUUCGUCAACAUCAUCAAUGACACUGCACUAAAGCUUCACGAUGAUCUUUUGAAAGCUACGCUCCGCGCCCCGUAUUACUUUUUCCACUCAACAGAUGCGGGUUCAAUCACAAAUAGGUUUAGCCAGGAUAUGGACCUCAUUGACAUGACUCUCCCAGUUAACGCAAUCACAUUCACGACAGCCGCCGCUUCUUGUCUUGUGCAGCUGAUCAUCAUUUGUAUAGCCGGCAAAUAUCUUGCCAUCACUAUUCCCGCCCUUGUUUCCGUCUUGUUUGCUGUCCAACGAUAUUACCUACGCACCUCACGACAGCUUCGUGUGAUGGAUAUCGAAGCAAAAGCACCUAUUUACAAACUCUUUCUCGAAACUAUUGAGGGGGGCGCUACUAUUCGGGCGUUUGGCUGGGGCGUUGCGUUUCAUAACAGACAAUACGUGGUGCUGAAUGCAUCGCAGAAACCACUUUACAUGCUUGCCUCUAUCCAGCAAUGGCUCGCUCUAGUUCUUGAUCUCAUUGUUGGCGGUAUGGCUAUCGUGAUUAUAGCCUCAGCUACAGCUACUGCGACAUCUAUUACUGCAGGAUCCCUUGGCGUAGCCCUAGUGCUGGUGUUGCAGUUCAGUUCUCUGUUGACGCAGUGCAUCCAAAGCUGGACCAGGCUGGAGACAUCAAUUGGCGCCGUGGCUCGCGUCCAAGAGUUUAUCAAAGGCACACCCUCUGAAGCAUCUGGCAAUUCACCUCUGCCUAAAACUUUUACUGGGCGAGGAGCUAUUCGCUGCGAUAAUCUAUCAUCAAGCUAUGGUCCUUGUUCUGAUCCAGUCCUGAAAGGCAUUGAGCUAAGCUUUGCGCCCGGCGAGAAAAUUGCCUUAUGUGGACCGUCAGGAAGCGGAAAGUCGUCAUUGAUCAUGGCGAUCCUCUUGAUGAUGGAAGUCAAAGAAGGCCGCAUUACCAUUGAUGACAUUGACACAAGCACACUAGCAGGGGACAGUUUACGCAUGCAGCUCAAUGUCGUGCCGCAAGAACCUUUCUUCUUGCCAGGAACUGUCAAGACAAAUAUUGACCCAAGAGGAAAGUCAUCGAACGAAUCCAUCGUGGCGGCACUUGGUCGAGUUGGGCUGUGGAAUAAGCUUCAUGGCAGCGGCGGUCUAGCUGCAGAUUUGAAUCCAUCUGAGCUGUCCCAUGGAGAAAGGCAAAUGCUUUGUCUUGCUCGGGCCAUGCUGUUUCCAGGCAAAAUACUGAUAUUGGACGAGGCCAUGAGCAGCGUUGACAAAAAGACCGAAGCCGAUAUGCAAGGCAUCAUAAAUUCCGAGUUUAAAGAACGGACCAUAAUUUCUGUUUUACAUCGAUUUGACCACAUUCAUAGCUACGACAGGGUUCUAGUUCUUGGAAACGGCGAGCUCGUUGAAUCGGGAACACCCGAAUGUCUUCUAGCGUCCGACUCAGCUUUCCGGGCGCUCUACAAUGCACAGAAAGGGUAG